AUGACGAAGCUAAAUCCUCCCUUCGUGAUCAUCGCCUUGGUAGUCGCACUCGCCGUUGUUCAUUCAGGACAGGCAUUGAAAUGUUAUGUAUGCGACUCGGAAGAGAAUGAAAAGUGUAUGAGUGACGUAAAUUCAUUCGAGCCAGAAGAGUGUCCUACUACGACUACAGUUUCUACUCCAACUGCUACAGAAUCAACAGAAUCGACGGAAUCAACAGAACCGACGACAUCAACAGAAUCGUCGAAACCAAUAGAUCCGACGAAACCAACAGAACCGACGAAACCAACAGAAUCGACGGAAUCAACAGAUCCGACGAAAUCAACAGAAUCGACGGGAUCAACAGAACCGUCGAAAUCAACAGAAUCGACGGAAUCAACAGAACCGACGGAAUCAACAAAAUCGACGGAAUCAACAGAACCGUCGAAAUCAACAGAUCCGACGGAAUCAACAGAAUCGACGGAAUCAACAGAACCGACGAAACCAAUAGAACCGACGAAACCAACAGAUCCGACGGAAUCAACAGAAUCGACGGAAUCAACAGAACCGACGAAACCAACAGAUCCGACGAAAGCAACGGAAUCGACAGAACCGACGAAACCAACAGAACCGACGAAACCAACAGAACCGACGAAAUCAACAGAACCGACGAAACCAACAGAACCGUCGGAAUCAACAGAAUCGACGGAAUCAACAGAACCGUCGAAAUCAACAGAACCGACGAAACCAGAAAUAGAAAAGAUAGACGAAAUAUAUUCAGGUAAAGAUUCAAAUAAAAUAGAUGACCCGAUAAACUCAGGAGAAGCAUUUGCAAAAGAAGUGUCAUCCAAUAAAAAAUUUCAACCGAGAUUUUUUAAUAGACCACGCAGAAGCAUACUUUCUAUAUUAUCACCAAGAACACAUGAUGAAGUCAAAUGGGCUUGUAGAAAAAUUAAAGAAGAAAAAGGUGACAAGACGCGUGUCAAGCGUGAAUGUAUCCGUGCCGAAGUUGAGUGCCCGGAAAAUCUAAUUGAAUGUAAAACUUGCGACCAAGAUAAAUGCAAUAAUGCCAAUGUGGUAUCAAUUAGCAUGGUAACUUUGGGAUGCCUGGUGCUGUCAUGGAUGUUUGCGUUUGCUUUUACAAAUUUUUAUUAGCUCCUGAACUUAUACAGCACCUGUA